AAGACGCGUAGUUAAUACACGCAACAAAUGUAGAUUGCGUAUUUUAGCGGGAGAGGCAGUUAACUUCAAAACUUCCACCCGUUUUCAAAGACAGCAAACGAGUGAAUCCCCUUAAAGCGUGAGGCAAGGCAGCUGUUUCCUGGGUGCUGUGGAUUACGCCGCGAACAAGGAGAAUAGCCGGUGCUCGGAUUCAUUCUCAUAUCCUCAGCCAUUUUGACUGCACGCCUAAGGGCUAUUUUUCUUCUCCGCUCCUCCUCUGUACGUGUACACGGUUUGCAAAUUGGUUGCAACUCCGUGCCAAAUAAGUGCGGUGAGAUGGAUUCGCUUUUCAAUAUUUAAUUGGACAGCGUUAUACCGAGACAAGCGGCCAGACGUGGAGGACUUGAACGCAGUUGUUUUGUCAACAGAGGAGAGACCUUAUUAUCUGAAUAAGGAUGGCGUGCUACCUGUUGGGAAUUUACCUGCUACUUGCUUUCGGUAUUUUGCAAAGCUCGAGUGGUACCACUGCAAAGGAGAUUACGUGUCAAGAAAUAUCUGUACCUUUGUGUAAAGGAAUAGGAUAUAACUACACGUAUAUGCCAAACCAGUUCAACCAUGACACUCAAGACGAAGCGGGCUUGGAGGUCCACCAGUUUUGGCCUCUCGUAGAAAUACAGUGUUCACCGGAUCUCAAAUUCUUCCUCUGCAGCAUGUACACUCCUAUUUGCCUAGAGGACUACAAGAAACCGCUACCGCCUUGCCGGAGUGUCUGCGAGAGGGCAAGGGCAGGCUGCGCGCCGCUGAUGAGGCAGUACGGCUUCCCGUGGCCAGACCGCAUGAGAUGCGACCUGCUACCGGUGCAAGGGACUCCAGACACUCUUUGUAUGGACUAUAACAGAACUGACUCCACCACUGUUUCUCCAGUUCUUUCAAAGCCUACCAAUUAUCCAGGUAAGACGUAUAAUCCUAACAAAAACAAUAGUCGCCGACCCAGCAAGCCCAAACCCCCGGGAUCACCCUGCGAACCGGGCUGCCAGUGCCGUACACCCAUGGUGCCGGUUAUUAGCGAUCGACAUCCGCUUUACAAUCGUGUCAAGACUGGACAGACACUGAACUGCGCAAUGCCCUGCCACAACCCCUAUUUCACCCAAGACGAGAGAACGUUCACGGCGUUCUGGAUUGGACUGUGGUCUGUGUUGUGUUUCAUAUCCACGUUUGCAACAGUAGCCACUUUUUUAAUCGACAUGGAAAGAUUUAAGUAUCCGGAGAGGCCAAUCAUAUUUCUCUCUGCCUGCUACAUGUUUGUCUCCAUCGGUUACAUUGUUCGACUAAUCGCAGGACAUGAAAAGGUGGCGUGCAACCGGGAGUAUGACGUGGAACACAUACAUUACGAGACAACUGGCCCUGCGCUUUGCACUGUUGUGUUUCUUUUGAUAUACUUUUUCGGGAUGGCCAGUUCAAUCUGGUGGGUGAUAUUGUCGCUCACAUGGUUCCUGGCGGCCGGCAUGAAGUGGGGGAAUGAGGCCAUUGCAAGUUACUCACAGUAUUUUCACCUGGCUGCUUGGUUAAUCCCCAGCAUGAAAUCCAUUGCAGUUUUGGCUCUUAGUUCAGUGGACGGUGACCCAGUAGCAGGGAUAUGCUAUGUGGGCAAUCAGAAUUUAGACAAUCUCAGGGGCUUUGUUUUGGCACCCUUGGUCAUUUAUUUAUUUAUUGGCACAAUGUUCCUUUUGGCAGGGUUUGUGUCACUGUUCAGAAUCCGCAGUGUCAUCAAACAAGGUGGCACAAAAACGGACAAACUGGAGAAGCUGAUGAUCCGAAUAGGCAUCUUUACAGUGCUCUACACUGUACCUGCCACCAUUAUAGUUGCGUGCUAUUUUUAUGAGCAGCACAACCGACAGAGUUGGGAAAUCAGCCACAAUUGUUGCUUAAUGGAGCAGGACCUUAAAAAGCCGGACUAUGCCGUCUUUAUGCUGAAGUACUUUAUGUGCCUUUUAGUGGGUAUCACGUCUGGCGUAUGGAUUUGGUCUGGAAAGACGCUGGAGUCCUGGCGGACUUUUUGUACGCGCUGCUGCUGGGGGAGCAAAGGAACCAGUGGCUCAAUGUACAGCGACGUAAGCACAGGAUUAACUUGGAGGUCGGGCACUGCAAGCUCAGUGUCUUGCCCCAAGCAGAUGCCAUUGUCGCAGGUUUAACAUAACGGGCUGCUAAUUGUUGUGGAGAUAGCCCAUUCGCCUGUCUCUGACAUUUGCAUACAAAUUAACUAUUGCUGGUUUUCCAUAAGAACGCGUUUGGGGGACUGGUUUUACAGAUGGAUGCUACCUGGCAUGACCACUACUUAAUUCCAAUCCACUAACAUCCCUGACAGGCUACAAUCAGUUUCUGGUCAACUGAACUGAGAGUAGGCUAACCGCCUCGCUGCAAAUCAUUCAGAAUGGUUUGCUCUCCAAAAGUGCAUACUGCAAAGUGAAACUUUUGUAAUGUUAAAGUUGUACCACGGUGUCAGGUAGUUCAGAGUACCUUUCACAACAACUUCGAAUAUCAAAGAUGGUUUCAAAAUAAGCCUUAAUGUCAUAGCGCCCAAAUAUAAUACGGGUUAUUAAUGUUUUUAAAGGAUAAAGUGUAUUUAUGUAAUGUACAAAUGUGUAAAUUCUGUACAAAAGGAGAUUUAUAAAAUAUUGUAAAUUUGUACAAAUGUAGAUGUCACUUUGAAAGCCAAUAUGACCUUUAUUUUGUCAAUAAAACUAUU